UCAGGUACCCAAAAAUUCAUGGACGAUUACAUUUACGUGGAACAAUCCAACGAAGCCAAAUCAUCGCAUCGAAAUGCACUGAGUUCGUCACACCACCACCACGAGAGUCAAUUCGUCACCAAAAACAACAGUAGAGUAGUUAGUCAACGAGGGGGCCUCGCCGUGCUCCCCUGCAGCGUCACCAUGUCAACACCCGCCACUGUGUCGUGGUUCCGGCGGAAAGACUACCAGCUGCUGACGGUCGGCCUGUCCACGUACAGCAGCGACGAUCGGUUCCUGGUGGAGCACACCCGCCACCUGGGCAACUGGGCGCUACGGAUAAAGAACGCCCGGAGAGAAGACGAAGGACUGUACGAGUGCCAAAUUUCCACCCAUCCGCCUCAGUCGAUAUUCAUCGAGCUUAGGAUCGUAGAGGCCGUAGCAGAAAUCCUGGAAGCACCUGAUUUGCAUAUAGACGAGGGAUCAACACUGCGGCUGGAAUGCAAACUGAAACGUGCCACCGAAAGCCCGUUGUACGUCUUUUGGUAUCACGAGGAAAGGAUGGUCAACUACGACCAGCAGGACGGCAUUUCGGUGUCGACGAACAAGUUGACGUCGAGUGUCCUCACGGUGCGGAACGCCACGGCCAGGCACGGAGGGAACUACACCUGCGCUCCUGCCAAUGCGAGACAAUCCAGCAUUUACGUGCACGUGCUCAAAGGUGAAAAGCCAGCCGCAAUGCAACAUCCGAACAAAAGUCCAACGGUUGCGAGCACUGCCGCAGCAGCCAUCAGUCGCCGGCUAACGAGCUCCGCUACGACCAGCGGAUGGAUGGCGGCCCUGCUGCUGACCUGGACCUACUAUUGGUCUUCUCCGUGGCUCAUCCUGCGAUCGUUCACGUCGACGCUCGGCUCUUCCUGCCCGCCGCCGCUUCGGUCCGCCAUGAGACUGCCAGAGUUGCUGCUGCUGCGUCGCCGGCGACGACGAACGAUGGCCUCUUCCGGGUUUUUCAGCCACUCGGCCAGCUACUGCAACUGCUGCUGCUCCAGGACGACACUUUGUAUACUGAUAGUGGUGCUGGUAAUCGUGAAGACUAUAUUCAGCAAAAGUAUUAAAUUGUUUGAUGCGGUCUAA